ACAUGUAAAAUAAUUAAAUAAGUAGGGCGCACUGGGGCGCAUUGCGGCUCAAUGGUUGAAACGUAUGCUAAUUAUGAAUUAACCAAUGAAAUACCUUCAUUUGCCAUAUAUUAUUCAAAUAAAGCACUUUCCAAUCAGAGGUCUUUCCAUAAAUCUGUGAAAAAUUCAAGUGACCAGAACAAGGAAUAUUCAUCCAACUCACAAACGUUCUCUCGCGCGCUUCGUUGAGAGUAACGUCUGUUUACAGGCUACCUUGGCCAGGAUAAAGUGAGAAAUGAGGAUGGAAUUGGAAAGAGUAGGCCUUUUAUACAGAUCAUGCUGAAGUAAGAUGUAAGGGAGGGGGUGGAGCAGAGGUGUAACUAAUUAACACUUGCACGGGGCAAGUGUAUAUCAUAACCUGCAAGUAAACAUUUUAUCCUGCUUACCCGAUUGCCUUGCCACAAAAUGCUUGGAAUCUUCAAGUUUAUCUUUUCAUUGUCAGAUAAACUUUUUAUAGCGCAUGUACUUGAUUCAAAUUUUGUUUUUUGUUGGCCAACACUAGAUAUGAGGCAGUAUAACGUAGCCAUAUAGAGCAGUGGGAGAGCGGAUGGACUUGUUGUUUCCUUAAUUUAUACCUCCUACCAAGGUAUCCCAGUGGCCAUUGCCUGAUGGCAAGUGAAUUUUGUUCAGGGCAACUAAUUGUUGUAUCCAACAUGCCCUGAGGGCAAGUGGUCAAAAAAGUAAAGUUACACCACUGUAUUAGGAAUGAAAUGAGGAGUGAUGGUAUUUCUGUGGGAUACGAUCGAUAUGAGACUCAAACAAAAAUGUUAUCUAUCUCUGGUCAUGAAUGCUGAUUCACUAUAUCUGCAAUUGUAUGGCUUGAAUCUCUCAACAGUGCUGCAAGAUAGACUUACCUUGUAUAUGUUUCAACACAUAUAACAUCCCAGUUUAUAUGAAUUUUAGACCAUUUUAGAAAGUUUUUAGACCACAACUUUGCUGGCAGUGUACUAGCUAAGCAUACUUUGACAAUAAUAACAUAUUUUGGAAGACUGAUUGGUUACAAUCUCUUCCUAGAUUUACCAGUGAUGCUAGUCGAAGUAUUGAUGGAGAAGCGUGUAGUUGAAAGGCUGUAUGAACUGUCAAAGAAUAUGGUGCCAAACUGGUUCAAUUCAUUCUGAUUCACCAAGCGCAUUUGGUUCUUUAAAACAACCUCUGUACACGUGUUCUCUGCAAGACCCCCUCAGGGUUUACCUUUUGCAGGUGGGUAUAAAGAGGAAAUUAAUUAAAGCUAAUCAAACUGGUCUUCACCCUCAGACCCCAAGUGUUUCUUCAAGCCCUCAACCCCAACAAACCCAACCACAACUCUAAACCGAACUACAACUCCAAAUCCGACCACAGCUCCGAACCCGACCACAACUGGAAACUCGACCACAACUCCAAACCUGACCACAAUUCCUAAAUAUAAAACCUCAUUUGGUAUUAUUACCACACCAGCUGAUGAAACGCCAGAAAACAACACACAGUCCACACAGAAUAGAAGCACACCUGAUGCCCAACAAGAGGAAAUAAAAAAAGAAAUGCGAGUAAGUAUUAUUUUUAAACUCAAAUAUCAUGUGCUUAUAGUUCUGAAGUACAUUCAGGGUUCCUCAAUCAACCAAAACUGUCAAAUUAUAUAGGUUUUAAAUCAAGCACUUAUAACUAUUUCCAGGUCAGUUACUGUAUGUUUGAUUCAGGUCUUUUACUACUUUGGUCUAAUUGUGAGCUAUGUAUCAAAGCUGAUUGGAUAAUUUGUUAAUCUGGCACUUGAGAAUGUUUAACUCACUGAGCUGCAGUAAGUGCGACCUACUUAUUUUUUUACUUGUCUAACGCCAGAAGAUUUUACUCGUCAGUGGGGAAGUUCCAACCUCGUUCGCAGGGCUUUCGUGUGAGGAAGAGGGGAGAGACGAGAAAGCCCCUGGUCCGGGCCGGUCUAUCUUGCAUUCUGAUUGGCUAACGCCAUAUUGUCUAAAAAUAGAAGUACUUGACAGUUGACAAUAACAAAUUAACAUAUCAAUUCAAUCCGUAAAUACCAAUUCAACUACUGCAUGUGUAUUUUUAUGAUUGUUGUGUACGAGUAUAUUUUGCAAAAUAAUCUUUCAAGGUAAGAAGGUUUCAGUUUUGCCGACUGCAUGAUAUACUUUUGCCUCGGCCAGUUGCAAAAUUCAAAAGCCAUGUCAACGUGAAGAAAGAGAGAGAAAAAUCGAUUAGAAAACAUCGACGGUGUCUUCAGAGAUUUCAACUGAUUCGUGCCAAACUUCGCUGCACAUAAAUAAUAUCGAUUGAGAAGUGCUUGCCUGUUUUUUCGUUUGGAGGACUUGUAUAUUUCAGUUAAGAAUAUCUCGCCACUCCUUGAGGAGUAGCUGUCAAAUAUAUACAUAUUUUGGAUAGUCACGUGACCGGUCCAGACCAGGGCUUUCUCGUGUUUCCCCACGUCUUCACACGAAAGCCCUGGGAACGACGUUGGGGAAGCUCUGCAGCUUAAUGGGUUAACCAAAAAAUCUGACAAUGUUUCCAGUUAAACCCAUUGAGCUGCAAUGCGCCCAAAGUGCGCCAUAAAUGUUUUUUAUUCUUGUCUAACGCCAGACGAUUUUACUCGUCAGUGCGGAAGCUCUGCAGUUUAAUGGGUUAAUCUAAUUCAAACGAACAUGACUGGUAUGGAAAGUGUUUAUGUGUGCAUUGGUGAUAUAGUUCAUGAAUGGAUACAACUUUAUGAGAAAAUCUUGACUGUCAAGAACACAUUUCACAAUUCGUCAUAUAAAGGGCAAAAUUACUCAAAUAUGACUGGCUUAUAAUGAGGACGGCAUUUUUUGUUAAUUCAGGGCAAAGUUACUUCUACCUGAUUGGCUGAGAUGCAAGCGUGGGAAGUUUCUUGUUUUAAUAGCAAUAAAAACAAUAGCUUCUCGCUUUGUCGUCGCGGAUAAUGAUGUUCUUGAAGAAUUAAAAAUUUUAACUUCUAAUGAAAACUUAAAGUGCUUAUGUCACAAAAAUUUCUUUUUGAUAUUUGGUGGAGGACAAAAAGUUAGUUAAUAGGUUCUUUAACAUUUUUCGGUUUUCUCUUUUCAUUCGCGAGAUAUGAGGCUCUAAACAGCGAUUUUCGUAAAAUUGUCGCGUAUCAACAAGAGUCUGGGACGAGCGUGGUGUGACGUAGCUUAAGGGACUUAAUUUCGACGCGCAUUAUACAUUUGAUAUAUUUUCCAGUAUGUCAGGCAGUAGCUCGGAUUCGGAAAGCACUCACAGUUGUCAAUGUGACUCAGAAUACAAUUAUAUUAUUCCUGGAUAUAUUAUAGAGGAUGAAUCAAAUGAUACCAGUCAUGAAACAGGAGUUGUAGAAGCAGUUGAUAGGGAAAUUUUAGGCGAUUAUGAUGCAUGCCUUUAUGCCGAUGAACCGCUAGCCGGCGAAGAAUGGAACGCACAAUAUCUAAAAAAAUCAGCGGAACACAAGCAAGAAAACGAGAUGCUGCAGCGAAGAUUAGAUGGCCUUGAAGAUAUAUAUAUUAAAUCAUGGUGAGCAAUAAACAUAGAUUUAUUUUAACAUUUUAAGGUAUAAAAUAAGUAUCUCUGGCUGAUCUAUUUUUGAUACCGCAUCAGUCCACUUCCCUCACAUGUAUCUAAUUUCACAGGUGUAAUGUGGCCAUUGUGUGAUAACACAUAUACAAAAUACACACGAAGCUUGGUGCUGUCAGGAGAUGGAAUCUUGGAGGGAAGUUCUGAAGGACAACUUGGUUUUAGAAGAUGUGCCACAGCCGCCAUGCUGUAUCACCCUACACCCAGGAUUCAGACCUAUUUGUUUGGAAAAAUGGGCUCUAAGAAACCUCGCAAGAAAAUACAAGACACGCGAUCAAAGAAGAUAUAAACAGACUGGUUCAGAGCAAACGUAUGUAUUCUUGUUUCAAGCUACAGUGUUUGUUUAUUUGUAAUCACGUUUAUUUAAUACGAACAAUUGAACGAGCUCGUCUAUUUCUUAGGUUUUUACGCAGUGUUGCUACAGAGAGUUUAUCUUCAUGGUAGCCUACAUGGAUACUUGGGUGAUGAAAGGAGAGCCUUACCAGCAUGUGCAUAUAAUGCAAUCAGAUCAACAUUCAAUGAUGAAAAGGAACAAUUUAAAGGUUUUGACGACGAGACUGCUUAAAGAUGCUGUAAAGUCCGUAAUGACACUAUAAAUGUAAACAAACGCUUUGUUUACAUUUUGAUGUAUACAGUACCGACUAAAUAUCGAACACUUUUCUGGUUCGCUAUACUUGUAAAUGAACAUAAACUAGACGUUUCAAAUCAAAAAAGUUCGAAAGAUGUAAAAUUUGGGAAAUACUUAUUUCCCCAUUUGUUAUGAGCAGAACUGAUGCACAGAACGGACUUUACGCAUCUUUAACAUUUCAUAAACUUACAACUAUGAAAUAUCAAAAUUCCAGCCCCGGGGAAAUAUGGAGCAUUAGACUUUUGUAUAUACUAAUACGAGAAAAUGCUCCAUUUAUAGGAGGGGGGGGGGCAAUUAUUGCAAGCAAAUGCCCCAUGUUUCUCUAGGGUGGGUUGGACGAUGGUUUCCAAUGACAAGUACAAGACCUAUUAAUGUAAUAUAUACACUUCCUUGUCAUAAACAACCAAAGGGCAUUUAUUUAAAGUAUUGUGAAAUAUUCAUAUAUUAGGAUUUUAAAUGUUUUGAAUUCUUCAAUACUAAAAACAUACACAAAGUUUUUAAUCAAAUUUUAACAAACAGAAAUAUUAAAAUUAUAUACAUACAGUUAGAUUUAUUUACAUACAGUAGUUAUACAGUAGAAAUAUUACUUCAUAUUUUUUGGACAGUCAAGAAUGUUUUUGUGUCCUUUCAUCGGGUUCUUGCAAACGGAACAUUUGGGUUUAGACCUUGUUUGAGUCACUGCUGGAGUUGGUGGUUGAAGCUCUGUCACUGAAACAAGAUAGUAUUAUUAACUAGUCAUAUACAUGAACAAGAUGUAUUUGUCAUGCAACGUAGAUACAAAUUUUCUUUGACCUAUAUUGAAAGAAAUUCUUCUAGUCUAAUAAUCCGUAAUUUACCUAGUAAUGAAGGAGGGACAUUAGUUUAACCUGCAUCUGUCUUCUGUCCUCCCUUUUUUUUCAAUGCUUCAGACUUGGGUUGUUUUUCCAACAUAGUGUUCAUUGGAGGUGGGGUCAUAGUCUUUAACUCUUCUCGAGCAUUAUUCAAAGUCUUCGCUUUGAUGCUGCCACAAAUUGUGUCAAAUAUUUCAUCCACAUAAUUUAAAAUAAGAAUCACAGUACUGUAUACAUGUAGGAUAAUUGGAUUUCAAUAUCAAAAAUUUGGUUUUACAUGCUGCAUUAUCUUACCAAAAAUUGGCUUGACCCUAACAUCUCUGACAGUAGCCUCGCCAUUUUUUAAUUUGGGAUACACCACAUUUACUUGUGCAGUUCCAUCUUUAUUGGUUUUCGGCAGUCUUUGAAGGUUGCGAUUGAAGUGGAUUAUGGCCAGGAUGUGUCUAGUAAAUUAUAAAUAUACAUGUAUCUCUAAAUAUUAGCUAUAUACAAAACAUUGAAUUAUUUAAAUUAUACUGCACCGACUCAUGUUCCAAAUUUUAGAGAUAUUGACAUAAUUGAAUAUUUUAGUACGGUAGUUCCUAGUUACUUUAGAUUUUAAACAUUUAGAUUUUAAACUGACAAACCUAGUAGUAGAAAUUAUAUAUUGUAAAUGUUUAUUGUAAUUUAGCUUGUGUAUUUAGGCUGCAAUGAUGAAUUGUAAUAACAUAUUUAUCUAUCUGUACCAGUUACUUGUAUUGAAUGAUGGGAAUUCACUCACAACAUUGCUUGGCAGUAGUUACGACUGUGGGAGAGUGAGUCAGAUACAAUUUGACCAUUAGUGAAGUUACACGUUACCUGCAAUAUGUACAUUCCAGGGAUUGAGUAGUGGAUCAUCUGUGGGGAGAAGUGAUUAAGCACAGAGUGAAAUCCCUCCAGACAGCUGGUUUGGGAUAUCGGGGAAGCCUGCUUGAUUGCGUUCACAAGCCGCGUCUUUGUAAGCUGAUAGCAUACUUUUUCAUGAGCAACAGAGCCUGGAAGAUAAUAAUGCCAUACUUGUGUUUUUGUGAAUUGGGGAGGUGCUUACAUUGGGUUUAAAGAGGGAGGGUAUUCUUUCAUUGGAGAUAUUACAGUACUUAGGUGGCUAGCUUGGGCAUCAGUAACCCAUUAAGUUGCAUUGUACUCCUGAUGCGCCCUACUUUAUUAUUUUACUCUGUCUAAUACCCAACGAUUUCACUCGUCAAGCGGAGAGCGCUGAUGCUUAUAGACGGAAACAUACCUUCAAAUAGAUACUCCCGGGGAGAAAUAUCUGGCCCAUGAGCACAUUUUGAAAACAGUGGGUCAUCUAAACUGUCAUGCUUGUUCACUAUGUGGCUAA